AUGUUGCGUGCGCGGAGAUCUGAACGGCGGAGGCGGCAGCCGCCGACGCCGGAGGGCUCUCUAGGCGCUCUCCCAGCAGAGGUCCAGGACAACGUGCUCGCCCGUCUCCCCGCCCGCGACGUGGUGCGCACCUCCGUGCUGUCGCCGGUCUGGCGCCACCGCUGGGAGUCCGUGCCGGACCUCGACGUCGACAUCGACAUCGACGGCGUGCGCAGCUGGGAGACCGCCGUCAGCGUCCUGGAGCGCUGCGCCAACCCUGUCCGCCGCGUCAGCAUCCGCGGCGUUCCCCUCGGCCUCGCCGGGCGCGCCGACAACUGGUUGCGCCUCGUCGCCGGCAAGAGCCCCCGCUCGGUCUCCCUAGACCUCCCCGCCCGCGACACGCCCGCCGCGCUGCCGUCGCUCUUCUCCUGCGACCCCGCCGCGCUAGCCGAGCUGAGGCUCAGAUCCUGCGCCCUUCCGGCGCCGCCAGUCGGAUUCGCCGGGUUCCAUGCCCUGGCCGCGCUCUCGCUCGACCGGGUCCUCUUCCACGGCGAGAACGGGUGGAGGCAGGUGGAGGCCAUGCUCGCCGCGGCGCCGGGCCUCCAGGAGCUGAGCCUGAAACACAUCGUCUUCCACGUAGCCGACGUCGGAAGCAUCCCCGGCAAGUGGGUUAUCGGAGGGCCCAACCUCCGGCGGCUUGUCCUGUGCCUGAGUCUCGUCGGCGCUGGCUCGUGGGAGCUUGGGGACCUGCCCAAGCUGGAGGAUGCCGACGUCAUGCUCAAUGAUUCCCCGGUCGACAGAGACUACGACAAGCUUUUCAGAGCGGUUUCCAGGGUCAGGGAGCUCAAGCUCGGUAAUUUUGACGGUGUCACAUAUCAGGGACCGUUCCUGACAAGUCUUUUAUUCGGAUUCCAGAACCUAAGGGUUUUGAAACUUGACACAAACUUUUCUAUUAUCACGACAUUCGUGUCGACAUUUUACCUACUUCGCAGAGCUCAACUUCUUCAAGUUCUUGAAAUUACGAAUUCUUUUAGAGAUGAGGAAAUCUUUCAAGAGGGUGUAGUAGCUGGAUUCAUGCUCAGUGUCUUGCCGAAUUCUACUUUAUGGUUCAAAAAUCUGGAAUAUCUGCGUAUGAUUAAUAUUUCAUGCUCGGAAAAUGAGAUGCGCUUCAUCCGCCAUGUUCUUCACCGUGCAAGAAAUCUCCGGGCAGUAUCUGUGGACAUGUUUGAGGGAAGUACAAAGACUGCUCAAGAAGCGUCGAGAGAGCUCAAAGAGUGUCAAAGAGCAUCGCCAGCAGCAAGGAUCAGCAUUAAGCAUGGAGAUUCUGUUUGUAAUGUUUGAAAUAUGGUGUUACCAUUAUUCGAAAUAAUUUAUGCUAUAUGUAUGUAGCUUCUGAAUUCUGAUCAUGGUAUCCCUAGCUGGAAGUAAACUUUAUGCUUUGACUGUAUGAAUAACAACUCUUUGAUCCAUGAUGAAAAGAAGCAUGGUUGCUCCGG